GUCCUUGUCGCGGGAUUUGCUAAUAAAGGUCUCUGUCACACCAAGCUUUUCCUUUGCUGCGGGCCGCUUUUCCCCUCGAUUUGGUACUACCAUGACUUCGACACCACCCCACUUAGUGUGUCCAACGUCAACUCGGCAGAGCAACCCUGAUCACAAAAAGCUCCGCUCUGCAUGUGAUUCGUGCCAUCAGUGUAAGGUGAAAUGCUCAGGAGGAUCGCCGUGUUUUCGCUGCACGUCAAAAGGCCUAUACUGUCGCUACAGUUACCAGAACAGAGCUGGGAAACCCAAGGGGAGCAAAAAUCGAAGAACGUUAGAAAGGGAGCACCAGCUGCGUAUGGAACGACUCGCAGGCCAAUUGCGGAAUGGCAAUAUAGAUCUCGAGAACUCAAACCUGGACAUGCUGGAUCUGUCAACACUGUUGCCAGACUCCUGGGAACAAACUAGUACUUCACAUUUCUCUAUUCAAUCUUCUGUUCAAUCCACGCCAGAAAACCAAUGGGUCAAUUCUACAGAAUCUGACAAUGAACUACUUCCCUUGCAGGAUGACUUGGAUAUCUGGGCAAUGGGCCUCGCCCCAACUUUACAUACUCCCAGAGAUAUCACAUCACAGAGCAUUGAAGCCAUCAUGACGCCCAUGUCAUACAGCAGCCCUACAGAUUUGGGGCAAUUGAACGACUCCACCAAACCUUCAUCAUUGGGGCUCCCGUCUCCACCUUCCCGUGCUCGCCAAGACACAACGGGUGAUCCCUGCGCUUGUGUUCAGACACAGGCGGCCAACAUAUCUACUUUGCAUCAGCUUACAUGUCGUGAAAUUCCCAGCCGGUUCGACCUGGCGAUGAAUUCGAUCACAUCAGUCCUAGAGACCUGCGAGAAAUUCAUCACCUGCGACGUCUGCGAUAAGUCCUUCCCAUCAAUGCUGCUUACUCUUUCAGCCAUCGAGCUGAUCUUCAAACUAUUCGAGCAAUUUACCAAGGACAACGAGGGUUCAUUACCGUCGGAAGAGCAGCACCUUGUGUCAUGCUCUCUUGGCGAUUACAAAGUCACCAGGCAAGAGAGCCAAGCUAUUCAGAACGUUCUUAUCAAGAUGACGCUCUCAAAGGGGAAGCAAAUCCUUGACGCUUUGCAAAGUGUUGUCGGGCCUAGAGACAUUACGGAUGAGCAGGAUGAAAGUGAAUCUAAGCGGCGUGAUUCAACCGGGGACCUAGAACCAAAGUUGGGAUCCUUGUGCUCCACGGAUCAAGAGUACAUGAUCCAAUAUAUCAAACGCCGAAAUACGGUCUUGGAAGCGCUUAUAGCCGCGGUAGGCGUAUAAACAAAGAGAAUUCAACAGACUGAGAUCGAAUGACCAACUAUGAGGUCAAACGACACUUCGGCCGAGAUGCGGUCAGAAACUGGUGAUGGUUUCGAUAAGUCCCCGUCUCUUCUCUUCCCAUCGCGUAUUUCUGCCACACAUAUGACAGUUUGACAUAAACGGCUAAAUACCCAAAUGUAGUCUUAUCCAAU